CCCAACUUCCAAGAGAAAACACCAGUCAAGUCUGAGUGAACUAUAUCGACCAGUGUGGUGGGGUAAGCCAUGGAUAUCCAGAUAAAAACUAACGCAAAAAGAUUGUGUCACAUCCGGGAACCGAUCUUUUAACCUCUUCGUUUGCCAACUAGACAAUCAUCGGAACGAAUUCCAAGGGGUUCUCAGACAAUGGAGGGAUACUAUCUGUCUCCUCCCUAUCUCCAGUCCUCUAUAAAUGCGCCUCUCAAUGGUGUUCAUCGCCCUCCAAUUCCAAUUCUAUGCUGCAAUGGCCAAGUCUAUUUCCCUCUGCACACUUGCAGCCUCUCUGCUCGUUCUGCUUCAUGCCAAUGCUGCUUCUCCAGGAGAUGGUCAUACUCCAUCCACUGAGGAGAUUGCCAAGACUUGGUGUGUCCCCAAUCCAUCAUUAACCUAUACGAAGAUGCAAGACUUGGAAACGUAUGCUUGCAAUUAUGUGGAUUGCUCUUCAAUUCACAAUGGCGGUCCAUGCUUCAACCCCUCAAACGCCUUUAGUCAUGCAGCCUUUGCCAUGAAUGCUUAUUAUCAGGAGCAACACCAGUGUUUUGGUAACUCUGGACUCAUAUCUAUUACUGAUCCAAGCUAUGGGAACUGCUACUUUGCAGGUAGAAAAGAGACGGUUUCCUCUUCAGCAGCUCUGAGUGCAUGGUGUGUUGCAAAGCCAACGGCCACUGACAAUCUUCUACAAUUGAACAUUGACUUCGCUUGUAGUCAUGUCAACUGUAGUGUUAUUGAACCCCGUGGUGAAUGCCAAUUACCAGACGCUAUAAUGAACCACGCAUCUGUUGCCAUGAAUCUUUACUAUCAAUCUUUUGGCAGAACAGAUAUGAGCUGUUAUUUUCAGUCCACAGGCAUGGUUGUGAUUGAAGAUCCAAGUUCUGGAACUUGUGUCUAUGAAGGGGUUUUCCCUGACAGCGAACCUGUGACUCCUGUCCAUGCAAAAGGGAAAAGUAGGGCCUUUUCUGCAACAUCAGUUGGAGUUAUGGUGAUGGGGUCGAUCAUUGGUUGUGCGCUGGUGGCAGUGGCUAUAUAUGUUAUGCUCUGGCUUCGUCAGCCCCGCCCGCCAGUGGUAAAGGAAGUUCACAUGGACCCAUUGCCACAGCCAUUGUAUCAACCACCAGAGCCAUCAGCUUCCCCAGCUCCUGUUGAGGGUUCUUAUUAGUUAUUAUAUAUAGUAUGAAAGAGUCAUGUUGAUGGUUUUGGUUCUCUUUAGGAUGGUUUACUCUUGUUUCUUUCCUUUCCAGUAAGUUCUCUCUCUGAAAUUUUCAACAGGCCAAAAAGGCAA